AGGAAAAAGAUACUCUUCUAAUAACAAUACUUUAAGAAUUCAUGUAAACCCCUACACUACACUUGAUCAAAUCAAUCCAAAUACAAUAUGCAUUUCUUCACAAAUCAUGAUGCCACAAGUUGAACAUAAUACAUUUCAACUAGCCAUGGGAAAAUCAUCAUCAUCAUCAUCAAGUGCUCACACUGUGAUCAAUCAUCCAGAUAUUCAAGAAGUUUUUCGAGGCGUUUCAUCGUCUAACUUGAUGAACUUGCAUCCAACUCUUCAAUCCCAAAUGAACAAUAACUUAGGUGGAGGCAAUGGUUUCACUAUUUCAGGCUUGAACUUUAAUCUUGGUGGUGCCACUACUUCUCAGCCAGGACCACCACCGCCACGGCCGCGACAAGAUGUGAGUUCUUCUCAUGUGAUGAUGACAGCUCAUGAUGAUCAGGCUGGUUAUGGUGAAGAUAUGAGCAGAUUUAUGGUUUUGAAAAAUAGUUCUCAUGAUUUAGACAACUGUUGGGGGAUGAUCUAUGUUGUUCGAAUCCUCCAAAAAAUCGCGUAUCAGACCUUAUAAAAAUCGCGCAAGGAUUCGAGUAGAUGUAAUUAGAAGACAAGUAGUACUCUAUGUAAAGUAAUUAGUAGUUUGGAGAUGGGGAUAAAUCUAUUUAUAGGGUAAAGUUUGAAUGGAUGGCUUUAAUUUUGUAGCAUUUUCGACCUUCAUCCGAAACCAAUUCAAAGUUCAAACAACAUAGAAAAUUUCUCAACACAAAAAGGCCAAACGUACCUGUGUACUCCGGUAAACUGUUUAUAUAUAU